AUGUUGGAAAUACCGCAUGGAACUAAAAAUGCAUCACUGAAAAACUCGUUAAGAUCACCUUCAAAAAUAUCAAAAAAAUCUCAGUGUAUUUCAAAAAAUGAUAGUGUUUCAAAAAAUGAUAAAAGAAACAUAACUGAAGUGUCAAAUAGUGAAGAAAAUAAUUAUGAAAUUGUAAAGAAAGUUCAAAGCGAUAACCUGGUCGAAAAAAAUGCAUCAAAUGAAGAAGUUAAAAUUCUUCCACAUAUUCCACUUACCCUUGGCACCCUUGAAAAAUGUAGUGGUGAUUUUUCGCUUAGCAGUACAUCAAGUUCAUCUCUAAUCAGCCCAACCUCAAACCCUAUUGUGCCUAAAAAGAAAAAGAAGUUAAACGACUGCAUUGCCAUGCUUACAUGCAAAAUUCAGGAAAAACUUGGUGUAAACUUCUUUGAAACUAGCAUUUCUACUGAAGCACCCCCAUCUGAUCAGCUAUCGUGUGUAUCACCAUGUAGCUCAUUAAAAGCAAUUGAUCUUAAACUGGUUGAUAACAAUUCUCAAUUAGCUUCACUUUUGAAAAGUCCUGUUUUCGACAUUCCAGUUCAAGAUGAAGUUAUUGACUUGAGUCUUAAAAAGAGAAAAGCUACAAUUGAAAAUACUACAAAAGAAAUCAAUAAAAUCUUUAAAGAAACCAAUUCAACUGAAAGUAAAAUAAUUCCUGAAAUUUCACCAGGAAUGAAUCCUUCUGCUGUAAGAUCUGUUAAUGAUGAAUUAAAAGUGCCAAAUGAAAGAGAAUCGAAAGUUGAAAUUGCAAAAUCAAUAAAUGAAUACGACAGCAAGACAGAAGAAGAUAAAAAAGAUGGAAUAGAAAAUCAAAUUAUGAAAGAAAUCGUUUUUAACAAAUCGUAUUCUGAAAAUAACUUAAUUGAAAAAAGUAAAGAGGAAGCAUCAAAGAAUAUUUCAGAAAAUUUAAAGGAAAAUAAUUCAUUAGUGCUUGAACCACUUUUAGAAGAACAGUCAUUUAAAAUCAGUAUACCAAAAGUUAAAAUUCCAAAUCUUAAAGAAAUAUUAGAUCAGCACCAAGUAAUAACUGUCAAUAAAAUUAAGAUUUCUGAACAAGAGCGGAGAGCUUUUGAAGAACAGAAAAAUCGCAUCCUGCAAAUUCUUAAUAAAGCUCAUAAUGCUACGAAAACAGUCUCAGGUCGUAAAGUGCUCCAUAAAAAGUACUCUAAAAAAGCAGUAAAACGUAAACCUUCACGUAGAAAAAUUAGUCUACGAAAACCUACUGUCAAGAACUAUGGACCAGUUAAGCAAAAUUCUGAAGUGCAAUCAGGAAUGUCAAAAAGUUCUCCAGUAGUUGAUCUUGACAAUAUUGCUGAUGUCAUUAAAACAACGAAUCGAAUUAGAUGUCGUCGUUUAUCUGUUGUAGUUGAUCCGAUCAUUAACUUAUCAACUCUUAAGAACACAAAUCGUAAAAUUAGACUCACAAAUAAUUCACAACAAAAUGGAUUCUAUGAAUUGCUGUCUUCAAGUGAACAAGUUUUUGGAAAAGAUGAGUCAAACAAUGCAAGAAAAUCCAACACUUUACUAUGCUAUGGUUCUAGUGGGACUAAUGUGAAAAGUGAAAUUUUUUUAUCGAGUGAGAAUGAAAAAACUGACAUAAACGCUUUGAAAGUUCCAAGCAGAACUCGAGGUAACAAAUCAAGAACUAUUAAUUCUACUAAUAAUCAUGUUAUAGCAGCAAUAACCAACAAAAACGAAGUUGACGAUAAUCCAUCAAUAGAGGAAAUUGUUAAGAAUGAAACUAUAAAACCAAUUGUUUGUAAUUCUGAACCAAAUGUCAACGAAAAAAUAUCGUCUUUAAAAUUUAUUAAACCUUCUGUUUCUACGCGUAAGUCUCGUAUGAGAAACCAAAACGUAAAAAAAGUUUCUCUAGCAACUACUGAUAUAACUUCUGAUGAGAACCAAAUAAAAGAGCAUGCAAAUCAAUAUCUAUCAACUAAUGAAUCCAAAAAAAUAUCAAAAAUACAAGAAAAAAAAUCUCCAACAAAGAAUAACAAGACGAAAAAUACACCGCUUGAAGAAAUUAAAGAUGAGCAACGUGUGAAACAUGUGAACACGAAAUUGCAGUUGGAAAAACGCAAAAAGCUCACACGUGAAAAGCAACAGUUAAAAACUGAAAAAAUAUUGGAUAUAUCAUUUUCUUCAGAUACCAGCAAUGAGAAUGAUAUGCCGCUUUCGAAACUUAUUUCACCAAUGGAAAAUGAAGUUUCAACUGUUAUUGAAAUAUUUUCUGAUUCUGUCAAAAUUGAUUCUAUGGUUGAGAAGGAAUCAGUCGAGUUUCAACAAUUAUCUACUAUUGGAAAGACGGAAGGGAUUUUGAGAAACGAUCAGCAAAUUGAGGAGCCUAAAAUGAGCAUAAAUGUAAGCUCAGACUCAUUUAAAAUAGCUUUAACGGUUAAGCAAUCUGAUUUAGACUACUCUACCGGAAAAAAAUGUCUGAAAAACAAUAAAAAGGCAUCGAAAAAAAUUAAAGAAAAGCUUUCUACAAACAAAAUAAAUCAUGUGGAGGAAGAACAGAAAAAAUCAAUUUCAUUACCUGUCGUUGCACCAUUAACUGAAUGUAAAAUAAAGAAAGAAAAUGAUAACUUCACUAUUAAUGAAGAUUCUUUCUUCAACGACGAUUUAGACAACGAUCACAGUGACAAAAUCAAUGAUAUUGUGAACAACAUCAUAAACAGUUCUGAGUUUCAAAUUGAUUCUGAAACUGAAAAAAGUUUUCAUGAAAAUGAAAUUGCUAACAAUCAAAUUUUACCAAGUUGUACUAUUUGUAAACGAACAUUCCGUAACGAAACAGUUCUUAAAAAACAUUGUAAGACAAGUACACAUAUCAUGAAAGUUCAAAGAAAGUAUCGAGGUAUGAGCAGGUUAAAGGAGAAAACUAUAGAAAAAUCGGACGUGUAUGAGAAUGCUGAAGUAUCAGAAUCACACAGUCCUUCAUUAGAUGAUGCAAAAGUUUUUCGAACCAAAGGUGCUUUGAAAACUUUUGAUAAUAUUUUAGACACUCCUGUAAAGGAAGAAGAAGAGCAAGAAAUUAAAAUAAAUAAUCAAGAGUCAUCAAUUGUUGAAAAACCUGUCAUCAAACCGAAGCAAGCAACUGUCGAGUCAAUGUUGGAUGCGAAUGACGAUAAGCUUUAUUAUGAGUUUAAAAUGGAAAAGAAACCAGAAGAUAUGACACCAAAAGACAGAGAUAAGCUUUUCGACAGUUUAUUCAACACUUUAGAAGUCAAUGCGUUUGAAAAUUGUAAACCGUAUACACCAAAGUCAAAUUUUUCAACUGCUACAUUUCUUGAUUCUGAAAUUGAAUCAUCAAGCACGUCUUGGGAUCUUAAGCAUGAUCCUGAUAUUGAAUGGGAAGGUGACAAUAUUGACAAUGUUCCAUUCGCUAAUGCAAUAAAAGAGCGUUAUCCAAAGAAAUUUCCUAUCAGAAUCAACAAAUCCAAAGACACUGCAGUUAGUAUUCCCACAAAAUCACUGAUCAUGGACAAAAUAUUUAAGAAACAUCGUGAUCGCAGUAAACUGAAAAUUCCACAAGCUGAUGCACCAAAAAACAUGCCAGGUAUUAAAAAUAGCUUAGAUGAGAUUUUUGACCAUUUGAAAAAUUCUGCGGAAAUUGAUGAUAAAGUUUUGACUUGCCCAUCACCUAAAACUUUGCUGAAAUCUGCAAGUGAAACUUUCUCACCAAACUCGUCGAACUCAAAUAAUAUGCUUGAAACCGCUUCACAAUCUUAUAAUAACAAUUAUUAUCCUGGGAAAUUAUUUAAUUGUAAUUUGAAAAAAGAAGGAAAGAAGACUAAAGUAAAAGAUGGAAUUGAAUCUGAUUUAUUUCAUGAUUCUGUUGCCGAGGAUUUCGAUAGCACUAUUGGUAAGCGAAAAUCUCGUAGAAGAUGUGCAAUAAAAACAAAAACAUUUGCUGAAACAUGGAGUUCCGAUGAAUAUGAAGAACUUCAUGACACUGCAGACAUCAUCAGCAUUAUCAAUGAGAUUGAAAAACGCGAAUCAAUUAAAAAACGAAAGCUAUCAAAAACGGAAGAACAUUACAAGAAAUUUGAAGACAAUCUUAUUGACGAAAGUUUAUUCAAAAAUGACAUUAAAUGUUCCUCCUCGAAAAUAUAUGAGGCUCAUGUCGAUAAAAAACCUUUACAGUCUGGUCAUCAGAUCUCUCUAAGAGAAAAAAUAGAAAAAAAGAAAACAGCUCAAAUUGAAUUGAGUAAUGAAACUAAUCAAAGUGAUAGAUCGUUUCCUAUAAAGAAGAAGAAAGGAAUUAAAGAAGCUGAAGGUCACAAAUCAGAUGAAGAGACGUUCACUGCUACAAAGAAUGUAAAACCAAUCAAGGCUGGAGUUUCGAUCAAAAAACGUCGAAUGAGUUGCUUCGUACCAUCAACAACAUCGUUUGAUGAUCGAACAAGAUCCAAACUUAUAGUCAAACCUACCAAGGAAACGCUAAGGAAAAUUAAUUUAGAAACCUUAAGAAGCUUCCCAUUGGAAAAUAAAACUUUUGAAAUAAAAUCCAAGUCAAUGAUAUCGAAGGCAGAGUCAGAAAAAUCAUAUAAAAAUCAGAAGAAAUUUGUAAAUCUUUCAAAUAAUUUUAGCAGUCAUAAGAAAAAAAUUCAUAAACAUCGAAAGCGGCCUCGAAAUAGAAUUAAAAACAUUGCUUAUGAUUCAGAUAGUGAUUUUGAACUUAAUUUGAAUACAAAAUCAAAAACUUCAACUUUAAAUGAGAGUUCAUUGUCGGAAAAUGAAAAAGAUGAGGAAAACGACCAUAAAACUGUUUCAUUCAAAACUAAAAAGUCAAUGAUGACCUUAUCAAAAAGUUGCAAUACAUGCGAUAUGACAACGCUUAAAGAGCUAAAGCUCAUCCCAAAUGAUCUCAAACAUGUAGAUGUGUCAUCUACUACCUUCGCAUCUGCCAUAACGCACGACAUAUUAGAUCCAUCACAAAGUGCGUGCAAUAGAACGAAGCGAAACAGUUCAGAAAAACUUUAUUACUGGUCAUCUUCAUCAUCAGAAAGUGACCAAGAACAAGGUGAUACUGCAGAUGGUGACAAUGAAGAUUCAGCUUUGCCCCAACAACCUGAACAACAUGGUUGGAUUGUAGGUGACUCACAUAAAAAAUUAGUAACGUUGCUGGCGCACGCGAAAAUUAAAAAUAAAUUAAAUUAA